CGCUUUCGAUUUUAGUGUAAUGUUUAAUCGUCAACAGCUUAUGUAAAAACUGAAAACAAUGUAAUAUCUAGAUUUCGAUCUAGAUAGUACUAGAAUCUAGUGUCUAGGUUCUAGUAGUUUGAACACUUCAAAAUUUGUAUGCAUCUGUUUUCCUCCAACACUAAGUACUUUACGUUUUUGUCAGCUAAAAAAGCAUGUUGUGAAUUUCUUUUGUAAAUAUAGUGUAUUAUCAAACACAUAAAAGUAGCUGACUUUGAAAAAUGACACUGCCCAAGAUAUUCAGAAAGUUUGUUUGUUUAAUAAAUAGUUCACACACAUUAACAACUAUUCAAAUAAUCCUUGUUAGUUUGGCUCUAAAGAGCUCUGUAAUUUUAGUAUCCUGGAACACAUUGAUUAUUUCUACCUGUUUAUUUUUUUCCUUAGCAUGGACUAGAAAGCAGAUUAAGAAAGCAGUUAAGUGGUUUGUGGUUAAAAAGCACAAUGCUGUCUUUGAUAUGAACAUAAACCCAUACAAAGGUAAAGUUGGGCCAGGUUAUUUAUCAGCUGAGAGAGAAACUGAAAUUGCAGUCUCAGUCGCAGAAUCUGUAUUAUACGAUGCAGCACAUACAACAUCAUUAAAAAAUUUCACAAAAAUAAAAAAUCAGUCAGAAUGUAUUUUUGCAAGAAGAUCAAAACUUUGGGGAUCAAUUGAUUAUGAUAUGGAAUUAACUUUAGAGGAGAAUGUUAGAAGGAUUGUUCCCACAUUUUACAAGUUUACAAUGGCAUUUCAAGAUUUAAAUCUUGAUGCAUUUCUUUUUGAACUGCCUGGAGAGCUAUAUGGGGUUAACAUUGACAUUUUUGGUGAUGCUGUACGCAGGGUGUUAUGGACUUUAAGGAAGUCAGACUUAAACAGGCAGCGCCAGCAGCUUCUCAAAAACCACAAGAACUUUGACAGCGAUAUCUUACAAAUUCUCUUAGACAACCUCAAUGAAGACCCUAAAAAAUGGAACAAAAUGAGCUGGGUUUUCGAGUUUAAUAAAAUCACAUUUUUUGUCACAACAUUCGCCCCAUUCUACCCAGAAUGCAACUCAAGGUAUGCUUUUGGGUGUAAAGAUUGCUACAUUCUCUUUCAACCUGAGAUAGCAUUUGCUAUCCGAGACCUACCAGAUGACACAGCUGAAACUAACUGGGACAGUCCAGUAACAGUUAGGGAUAAAAUAAGAGUGGCAUUUCGUCAAGCAGGUAGGGAAUAUGAAGUGCCUAAGAAGCUAAACGAGCCAAUGGUUUGUGAGAUUGUAAAAAAAAUUUACCCAGAUGAUGAACCCAUACAAUGGUGGUUGCCUGCUUGAUUAAAGAAUUUUAUUGUGGUUUUUUUAUUGAGAAUAAUGCAUUAUUUAUUGAAUUAUACUUAUCAAAAUUUUGUGCAUGUACUUAUUAAAAUUAUGUGAAUUUCUUUAUUCAUACUGUACUUGUUAUUGUUAUUAUAGUUUUGUUGAGGUAGCCUACAUGUUCUAGUUCUAUGUUUGUUUAGUUUCUAUGCUUGUAUAGUGAGACUACAGAAAUUAGUCAUGAAACUAUUGAAACAAGGAAUGUAACGUCUGUUAUACGUGAAAUAAAACAUCAGUCCCACUCACUCUACAGCACUGAGAAAACAAAACUUUGAAUUAUGGAGAAUUUCCA